AUGGAUAAAGAGAAAAAGGAACAGAAGGUCAAGGACAAGAUAGUGGAACGCCCCAAUGAUGACAUCCGGACAGUUUCGUUCACAAAAAUAGUCGAAACAUAUCAGCAGAGGUUUGCUGCGAUUGAGGCGUUGAAGCUCAAGAAUACGGACUGCAUGCAGAAGAUUGGAAAACUUGCAUUAGGCCACCAACCAUUCACUGAGGCGUCAUCUAAGCAGGUUGUCAGAGCUGUAGAAGUUUUCUGCAAAAUGCUUCAAAUGCCCGUUGAAGUAAAAAUGUUCACAUUAGAGUUAUUAGAAAGGUUCAUGUUGUUCUACUUUGAAAGUGAGUUUGGCCACAAGUUGUACUUGCUCAAUCAAACUAAUCUUGAUGAAAGCAUGGGCAAAAGCUGGGAGGCGUUGUAUGAAAGCGUCCCUAUCUACUUGAUUGCGUGUAUUCAAAUUGCUGGGAAAUACGAUAACAGAGACUUGUCUUUCGCCACACCAAAAGCAAUAUGCAAGUGCCUGAAAAAGUUGGGUUACCUUACUACAGAGUUGGACCUCACAAAUGCUGAAAUGAAAGUGCUCGUAACUUUGAAUUAUGAGUUGAACUUUGUCACAAGAUAUGGUGCCGUUGAAGACCUCAUUUCCACACGGAGGAGUCGGAAUUUCCUCGAUCAUGCAGACUCCAUUUUCAAAAAGUCCAUUGAGUUGCUUGACCUGCUUAUCCAUGACCACAGGAAAAUUUUCGACGAAUUCCUUCAAAACAAAGGACUGGACAUGGCUGCAUCAAAAAAGAUUAACAAUCUGGAACUGCAGCAAGCCGAGUACGACUCUUUGUGGAUUGCAGCCGCGACAAUAGCGGCCGCCACAAAAUUGAUUGUGAUUAAACACUACAGCCAAAAUUUCUUUCACAAGCUGAGUGAGGAGGUCCUGAAAGAACUCGCAGAAGAUUUGAUCAACACGAGGACAGAGCAUGAGCUCCGGAUGCUCACAUACGUCCUUUGCCAAGCUUACUUAAAAAAUGUCGCCAAAAAAUGACUGUGAUUGUCUAGUGAUUUUCCAAUACAACAAUUAUAGUGUGUAGCAAAACUAAAUUGAGGGCAAUAAGGCUGAGCAUGCCAUAUAAUAAGUUUCUAUUACUGCUGUGUGACAGAUUUACAGCAGACAGCUGUGAGAAGCCAAAAUUCUGUAGUUCAGAAAAACUUAUUUUAUGUGAAAUUUCCUGUUGAGGAAAAUAAGCAAAAAAAUUUUGCUUCGCUUUAGUUCAAGGUACCUAUUUAGUGGUAUAAAGUUUUGUUUAAUUGAUCAUAGACUAUGUUCUCUAAUAUGUUAUGAGUAAAUGAAAAGUUUAUUUUUGUU